AUGGCUUCACUUGCCGAAAGCUUGGAACAGGUUCGCAUGGUUCGCAAGCGGUUUCGCAUCGGAGCCCCAUGGAUCCAUACUCCGAAGACCGAUGAAGGUGACGAAUGCCUUCAGUGUGUUCGUGGUUUGAAAGCGAACUACAGCAUCAUUCUCACGAUGGUGCAUCAUUUCAAGCAGGGCAAGGUUCUCAUAGACCCUUUGCAGGCAGAGGUACGAAAGCUUUUCCACGAUGUCGGCUAUGUGCCAGACCCGGAUUGGGAAGUACGACAAAUUUUCCGAGAAAUGGCUCGCCUGAAGGGCCAUCCCUUUCCAGAGGAGGACGAACUCGACGCUGAUGAUGAGGAUGAGUGUGAUGAAGAACAGGAGGAGGAAGAUGCAGAGGAAGAUGCCGAAGAAGAGGACGAGGAACAGGAGGAGGAUAUUGACGGGGAGGAAUAUGGGCAUGAAGGGGAGAACAAGGGUGACGAGGAGAUGGAUGAUGAUGAUGAAGUCGAGGUGCUUUCGGCGCAUCCCGGCUCUUCGGGCCCCACUCCAGCUGAGCUGCACGAUGCAAUCCGCAGCAGUCCCACAGCGGCAUCUUCAGGGUUGGAUGACAAACGGCGGGAACUCUAUGAGAAGAUGUAUAUGAUCAAAGAAUUGGAGAACGAAUUGGGAGCUACACCGAUCCCGAUAGAGGACAGCCCGCCCCAGAAGCCACGUCGCUCCAGCACCUUCAAGCAUCCCGACCAUCAGGACGCAGAGCUCUUGAUCGACACCCAAACGUAUGAUGCCGCUGAGAUUCUGUGCGGGCUGCCGUCUUCCAAAUCCAAGGGCAUCCUGGAGACUCCUCCGGCCGGGAAGAAUGCUUCUGAGAUCGAUGAUACCCCUCCACCCAAAGCAAAGAAUGUGCCAGAGAUCACCCCGCCCAAGGUGGACCCAUCGGCAGUGACGCCGGACAUGCAGGCGAAGCUCAGGGACUCCCUGAAAGGCCGCAAGAAGAAGUUGCGUCUUGAGAAUGAUGAGCCGGCAGCGAAUGAUGAGCCGGCACAUGCUGAGCCGGCGGGGAAGAAAACGAAAAAGAAGAAGGCGAAUGAUGAGUCGGCAAAAGCUGCUGCGGCAGCCGACGGUCCAGAUGAGGCUCCUAUGCCGGUGAAGCGUGGCAGGGCCACGUCCAACCUGACGGUUAAUGAUGAUGUCGCUACCAGUGUCAAGAAAGCCAAAGGUUCGAAGAACCCACGUGCUGAGACGACAAAUGCCGAGGAAAGCGGCCACAAGCGCACGCCUCGAACAUGUGUUCCCACCCGCCCCCCCUCUCCUCCUGCCCACGGAGGCUGUAGCAAGUGUCGCCAUAGGCGCAACGGUUGCAGAAAGUGUAACCCUGCUCACUUUGCGGACCGGGCGCGAAUUCGCGCUGCGAAGGCCUAUUGCACGGCCACUACUGAGAGGCGCAAGGCCCUUACAAGGGUCGACAAAUACGAAAAGGACGUCAAGGAGUAUUGGGUGGACACGAAGACAACGGGUGAGAUCACGAGAACUAUGUCAGAGACCACCAUCAGGCGCUUCGAAGUCAGGGACGUUGAAAUGCCGUUGCCGGCGCCGCUGGUAGGCAAGAGCCCACAGCCGUUUCUGCCAGACGACGAGGAAGCGUACUACGAGGAUCAGGAGGAAGGCAGCGAGGAAGAGGAGGGCAAGGAGGAGGGAACCGACAGUAAAUCCAAGCAGAGCAAAGCUUUGCGGAAACGAAAGGAGAAGGAUGCUAGGAAUGCUGCGACCGAAGCUGAGGAGGACGAGCUAGUGGACAUGUCCACUGUGGCCAACACCCUCAAGGAGAUCCUUAAAAACCAGAACCGGGCGAUGGUCUUGGUCGACCAGGUGAAGGAUACCGUGCAGAAGGACAAUGGCGAGACGACCAAGCUCGAGCAGCACGCAAACAAACUUAUGACACUUCACGAUGAAAUCGCUGAUAUAAAGGCGAACUUUACGGUCAAGAAGGAUCAGGAGCUACCAGGCAGCACCAAGCAAAUGCAAGCAAAGUUUUUUGAUUGUGCUUUAAAUCUCAUAUCCUAG